CCGAACCAAGUAUUUUCUAUUUCACUUUGCGCAGUUUUAUCAAGUAGAAAAGCACGGUGGGGAUUGUGUCGACAGGAAAAGGAACCCUGAGCAAAUGAUGGCCGAGAGCAAGCAGAAUCGGGAUGAUGUUCUCAAAUGUUCUAUAUGUAUGGAAACAUUCCGGGAACCAGUAAUGCUACCCUGUCAGCACAGUUUUUGUAGAGAAUGCAUUGGGUUGUAUGCUGACAAGUCCAAAUCUGUACACACAGAUGAGACCGGCAGCACGGAGAAUAAGCAAGUUCAUGAGCUGAUAGCAUGCCCCGUGUGUCGGGCACAGACCAGCCUGGGGAGAGAAGGUGUGGCUGGUCUGCCUCCCAACUUUCAUCUGGCAGAAAUUGUGGAAAGGUUCUCGUCGGAUGUGAAGGUUGAGGAUGACCCCCCGUACUGUUCUCUGUGUGAGGAUGGUAGUCUCACUAAAGCUGUCAAGUUUUGUACCAACUGUGGUGUGUUCUACUGUGAGGAAUGCCUUGCUAUUUGUCACCCAAUGAAGGGGCCUCUGAAACGCCACAGACUGAUUUCGGCCCUGGAGUACCUUUCCCAGAAAACAUCACAGAGUCAAGUCAGCAGGGACCACCAAUCAACUCAGCAGCCGUCAUGUGCUAGACACGGUCAGCCGUUCGUCAUGUACUGUGAACCCUGUCGGAUGGUGAUCUGUGUGGGGUGUGUGGUUGACCAUCCGGGACACGUUGUGCGGGAUAUACCAUCAGCAGCUGAGAAUGACAAGCCAGUUGUUUUGAACAAGACAAGUGAACUGGAGAAAGUGCUACAAGAAACUAAAGAAUCACUGUCAGGAGUUAUAAGGCUGCACAAUAAGAUACAGGAAAACCAGGAACUUCACAUUCAGCAGGUAGAAAAGGCUUACUGUGCAGCCUUGGAAGCUUUACAAGCAUGGAAACAACAGUCCUUAGAUGGCAUAAAAACCCGCUAUUCACAGUGGAGCGUGGAGUGUAGCGCUCAGACCCAGGAAAUGGAGAGGAUGGUACAGGCUUCCAAAGAUUUGUUAGCGUCAAUGGACGUCGAGUUUUUGCAGGGUUCCACGGACUUCACCAAAACAAUUGAUGACCAGCUAAAAGAUAUAAGAGCAGAUCUGGAGAAACAUGAGGUCAGCAAACAGAAGCUUCUAGAUUCUGUACAACAUGACUACGUUGUCCCUAGACAGGUGACUGUAAAAGAACGUCGCGACUUAGUUACAAAGCCGACGCUGAGAUUCACAGAGACAGACGACAGUGAGCUGAGAAUCACUGACAGCGGCUUUGGGGUAGAGGGUAAGGACUUAUCCCGGGGGAGGUGGUGGAGAACUGUGACAGACGGGCGUUACCAGACGGGCAGGUACUACUGGGAGAUACACAUCACCUGUUCACAUGGCUGUUACUGUGACUGUCGUGUAGGAGUGAAACAGGAGAGCUGUGAUGUGAGUGAGGAGACAGACCGUGGCCGUAACUCCUGGUACAUUUGGGUGGUGUACUAUGGUGAUGAGGUCUGGUGCUAUAGUCACAGUGGUGGUGAGAUCAAACCUGGCUAUCUACAGUGGAGACGUUACACACGACCUCAUCACCUGGGUGUGUACCUGGACUGUGAUGACCAAACACUGACAGUCCUGGACUGUGACAACAACCAGGUAAUGUACACUGUCAGUGGUGUUAUCGUCACAGAGCCUCUCGUGCCAUCGGUUGGGUUUUAUGUCGGGUCUCUGUCUGGAUCUGUGUCUGUGUCUGCUCGUCUGGUAACGGGUGACUCUGCAACUCUGCCUCCUGUUCUCUAUGAUAUGAUAAGCACUUCCUGA